AUGGACACAGAUCUCGUUCUCCCGAUUGAGGUAGAUGCCGAGGGAUCCCUCCACAGACUCUUUCGACAAUUUUUCGAAGACCAUUUCGACCAGCUCGUCUUUAUCUAUCGACCGCCACGUAAAGACCCUGCUCUCAAGCAAGCCACGUAUCGCUUAGCUUUACGCGAUCCCAUCUACUGCCUUACAUUGAUUGCCCAAGCUCAUAUGGCAAACAUUAAGGAUCAGCCUGCGAACCUUAGUCACUUUGCGGAUGAACAGACGGAACGCAUCUAUAGUCGGCUCCUCCGGAGAACGCGUGAAAAGCUCGAGGCUUUCGACGUGAGCGAUGUCGAUGUCUUACUUCUUGCUAUCGUGGCUCUCUGCGAGUAUGAUCUGCAACUCGGCCGUCAUGAUGCAUUACGAUCACAUCACAUAGGCAUGACGGCUCUCGUUGCCAAACGAGGAGGGCCUCAUAAUCUGGGUUUAUCACUACCUUAUGUCCUUCGUAUGGAUCGCUUCCUAGCUGUUCGUGCCAAUCAGAUGCCUAACUUUGCGCCGACUGAACUGCCAACUUCAGACAUUGUUAUACGUGAUGCUGUACGUGCCUCGGGCAGGGGUUCGUACUUCGUAAAGGAUAUCUCAGGUCUUUCUGAGUCAACCAUUGUACUCUGCUCUGAUGCUGCGCACUUACUCGACCUUACCGACGAGCUUGGCAUUGCACUCAAAUCGGCGAGUACAACACAAUCACAGAGCCCCAAGCUGGAAUACUAUUACUACCUUCGAGAAAACAUCGACGCCCGUCAUGCUGUCCUGAACAGCUCCAGUUAUGAGAAUCUGGCCACUAGCCCAAAUGAAAUGUUGGCACUGACAGCAACGAAAAUAGUAACCUACUUCGUUACUUCGGCAAACUACUUACCCGUCGUUACUGACUUGCUUGCAACACGACUAUGGAAUAUACUCGAAAAUGCGUCAGGCUCCCUAUCACCAGCAUCCACCAUGCAAAAUUUGGACUUAGAGGAAGGCAAAACACCUAGAGCACUCUCCAUCAAGAUUGCACACUGGGAGGAGGAUACACCAAUGCUAUUAUGGCUACUCUUCGCCUGUGCGUUGCCUUCGAGUUCGAGAGAGCGCAACAUGAGCUUUACUGCCCACCUUGCAAUGUCUGAAGAGCUACAUCCGGCCUCUACUGCUGCAUUGUCAAAGUCGUCCCAUCGGCAGGGCGCACCACGGCUCGAGAGUAGUGGAGGUCGCUCGAUAGUGUCACCCUCGUCUCCAAGGAGGCGUCGAUUGCUACCAAAUUUCAUAUUGUACGUGGCCGAGAAAUUGGUCGGGGAGCGGCCUUUAUCUGGUACAGGUGAAUGGGAUAAAGAGGUUGUCGCUAUUUUGGAGAGCUUUAGCCAACCAACCUACACCACAGGCAGACGACAAGAACGAGAGAAUGGUCUAACCGAAUCUCAAAUAGUGCAUCUGACCAAGAACAUCGACAGCAGUGGACAAAAUGAUGAGCAAGUCCAGAAGCUUGCGGAGUUUUAUUCUUCCCUGAGAGGAGGUUUACUCACAUACCAUGGACCUGGACAAUUGACCGCGUACCUCAUCCUGAAAUUGCGAGACCACAAACUGAGACCGCAUCAGUAUGUCAGAGAGGUGCUGGAAGCUAGUGUUAUGCGUACAUGCGCGAAGCACGGUGUCCCAAACGCGACCGUGACCGACAAUACUGGCAUAUGGAUUACUGAAAAGAGGCAACAUGAUGGUGCUGAUACAGUCGAAAAGGAUAUACGACCGGGAGAGAAAUUGGCGGAUUUGAAAGAUGUCACAUCCAACCGCAAGAUCUGUUCAAUAGGCGUACAGAUCACUCACACCCUUACAUUGUAUGGCAUAGGACUCAACAUCUUUGAUGCGCCAAUCGACAACAAAUCACCUAUUGCAUCAUUGUAUACAUUACCAAAGGCCAAUCCUUACACUACCGACAGUGUCGAGGUUAAAGAGAAUACAUCUACGGGAAACGGCGAAACUGCAGCUGUUCCUGUACAGGCACACGCCACCGUGCCAGCACCCGGCUAUCUCUCCUGGGGAUUCGGUCGUGUUGUGGCUUGCGGUCUCGAGGGCAAGACCGCGACAUGGCUGACCAAGGAGCAGGAAACGAAUCACACUACUACAUCUCAGCCACAUGCUGAGCUUCUAGAUUCCGUCGCAAGCACUUUCGCAUCUGUAGUUGCAGAUACUCUCCAACUCGAGGGCGUUGACGACAUCACUGAAGAAGACAUUCGUUUUUUGAGAGGGACUGAUUGGGACCAGCUGAGAAAUUCGCGUGGGGACAGGAAUCGCAGAUCGAGACCAUGGGACUUGCAAAAGGAUUAUUCUAUAAGAGACCCGAGGAAAGAUUUUGGGUUGAGACUUAGUUGA